AUGAAACAAAUUUUAGCCAAUGGCUUUAGAGAACAAAAGCCAAUGAAACACGUUCCCGUUCAUACGCGGGUUGUUUAUAUUCUGUUCGCGGGUUCAGUUUAAUUUCGCAAGUUAUUAAGUACAGUUCGCGUGGAUUUAUUUAUUAUAUUUUUAGCAUUUUAUUCGCAUCGUUUACAUUUCAUUACGUAGACAUGGAUUUUCGUCGACCAAAGAAGCGUUUUUCAAUCGAAGACGUUUUACCAGAGACAACUGAGAGUAGUGAGGAGGACAUGAGCGACUUGGAGGAGGAGGAUGAAUUAUCUAGUGACGAAGACGAUGGGCCUGCUCUGUUUCGUUUUGGUUCUCAUUCUGAAUCGGAUGAGGACUGGGAGGAAGAGGCCAGCCAAUCGCCUGAAAAGAGAUUCAUCUCUUCAUCUUCUGCAACCUUCAGCACCCGGACAACCGAAGAAAAGCAGAUCAGAUCCUCACCUGAUGGUUGUAAUGGCACCUCUGAAGAGGAGCAAGUCUUCCGGCCAGCGAGAACUCCAGGACCACAGCUGAAAUCCACCGCAUCAUACAGCCCGCUGGAGUUAUUCCAGCUGUUCCUGUCAGACUCGAUGCUGGAGACUGUGGUUGCAAAUACAAACGCGCACGGGAUCAAGCGUCAAGAGGACACGAACCCAUGGGUGAACAUUUCUUUGAAUGACAUGUACUCGUAUGUGGCCAUGCUUUUAUAUUUGGGUCUGCAAAGGUGCUUGUCUCCAAAGGAUUUCUGGAGGACGACUAAAAUUCACCAUCCAGAAUUUCCCUCGAAUAUCAUGGCUUACGAGAAGUAUUCGUCCAUCUCUGCUACACUUCAUCUGAGCGAUGCCACGGUGGAUGCUGAGAACGACACAAAGAGAGGAACAUCUGCCUAUGACCCCUUUUGUAAAAUCAAGCCGAUGUAUCUGGAAUUGAGAGACGCAUGCAAGACUCACUUUCAUCCUUACCAGAACGUGUCUAUUAAUGAGCGGACGGUGUCAACAAACCCUAGAACCGGUCUGGAAGAACACAUGAAAUGCAAGACAACCAAAGGGAAAAACCUGCGGCACGGAGCAAAGGAGUGA